UGCAGGUGGGAGCUUUUGAAAAUGAGCAUUAGCUUUGAGAAGCAGCUAAAACCACAGGAGAGAGUGCCAUGCUAUUUCUGUUUGUUUGUGUUACCCCUGAAGCACCUGAACUCUUCCUAUUUCCCUCUUUACUGCCUCUCUUUUCUCAGUUGUCUGUACUCCUGAGCCUCAGCUGAGGCAUGCAACCAGAGCCACCAGUGAAGAGCUUGGGGCACGAAGUGACUCAUAUGCACCCUCCUGAUAUGCAUCUGAUAUGAAGACAUCUCCAGUCAUGUAUAAAAAUGAAGUGUUCCUUCACGUCAUUUUCAUGGCCUCAGCUCUGGGUAUCUCAUUUGUACAAGGGAAUUCUCUUUGUUUCAGACCUUUGGUUCACAGAGGAACCAGUUUUACCACUUCACCAGGGAAAUUGCUCGUGCUCAAGUGUCCAGUGAAGCAAUGUGGUGAGAAUCUGAAUGUGUCUUGGAUCAAGGAAAAUGGAACACAAAGCUCCCAAAUUCGAGAUGGACUUUGGGAGUCUAGACCAUGGGAUAAAGAGAAGAACUUAACCAUGUUCAGUCUGCAUUUUGACCCUGUGCUUGAUGGUGAUGGUGGCUCCUAUCAGUGUAUUGUUAACUUUUCAAAAAAGUCUCUGUUUUCCAGCCAUCACAUAAAUGUCUACAUAACAAGUGAGUAUCAGCCGCAAAGCCCAGACAUCUAUGUAACAAAUUCAACUGAAGCUCCGUUGGAACAGAGACCUGAGAAUGAAACUAGACCAUGGCUCCUUUACAUGCUGCUUUCAAUGGGGCUGCUGAGUAUAUUUAUCCUUACUUGUCUCGGUCUGUUCUUCUGGCAGAGGAAGAAGCGAGCAAAACAAAAGAAGCAUCCUGAUACCUUAGGAAGGGGAACUAACCAGGUUACUCCACACCAGCCCUUUGAUUUCAACCAAGCUGAAGAGGGCACAAUAUAUAACUCCACUCUACCUAGGCCCCUGCCUUUGUCGUCUGAAACCAUAAUUUAUAAUAAUGACGCAUGGCCUAAGAUCCAGCUGGGAACCAAAGUUAUUUAUUCUAACCAAGGCUCAGAGGAAAAUCAGCCUGGUAUUGUCUAUGCUUCUCUGAACCAUUCUGCCAAUGGAGUGAACUUCUUAAGGAGGGCAGAACGUGUGACAGAGCAACCUACAGAAUAUGCAUCCAUAUGUAUGAGGAAUUAAAUUUGCUUCUGAUUGCUCUUUCUUUCCUGUGGGAGAGGCUGCCUAACUUCUUAUUAACCAACUGUCCAUUGGGCAACUCAUCCAUGAGAUGUCAUCCUUUGACCUUAAACACUCCAAUGAAAUUGAUGUUCAUCCUUUGCUGGGUCUCAAGAGUCCACAUGGUAAAUAUGGAACACCUCUGGAAAUUCACUGGAAGUUUCAUAGUCUCUGAAUAACCAAACUUCUUCACCUGCAAUGGUUAUCUACACCACAGCCAGCCUUCAUACCUAGAUAGAAAAAAAAGAGAACCUUGACAUGGUUUUACCUUGCAAUAUGUCACUCAAGAGAUGUGACUGAUGAUGUUAUAUUCUUUGGAGAUUUUGGUCAAGAAAUCAAGGGAAGAAAAUGAACUUUUGUUUUCACGUUCAGUUCACUACACCCUACUUAAACAGGAGGAAUGUACACUCCAACUACUAACUCAGAAACAUGAUAAUGAUGGUACUUUUCAUUUCAGUAAACCUGUAGUGAGAGGUCAUUUGGUGGCAUCCUCUCAAAUCUCUUCAAAGUAUGGUUUAUGGGCAAGAGAUAGAACAAUUUCAGAUGUCUCUAUGGUCUAGACAGAGGUUAAACUAUGGCCCAUUGCCAAAUACAGCCAACUGCUUGUUUUUUUGUACAGCUUCAGAGCUAAGAAUAUUUUUUUUACAUUAAAAAAAAGGUGUGUAUUUUAAAAAUGCAAAAGCCAUUCUUAAAAAAAAAAACUAUUCUUAGCUUGUGGGCCCAUACCAAAACAGUCUGUGGACAGAUUUUGUCACUUGUGGUCUAGGGCACCAACAACCCUAAGGAGGUAAAGACUCAAUGAACCAAUAGCAGAGAAGGCUAAUCCCUAACCCCCUAUUCAGCUCAUUCUGUACUCCCUCCCCAACUUCCACCUCUCCCCAAACCUUGGUCUGUUGGGGCUGCACAAGCCCCCUACCAAGUUUGCAACAGAAUUCAACCCAACCCAUCCCUCCUUCCAAAGCUGAGGAAAACCAAAAGACAGAAGCUUGUCCUGGCUGGGUCAGCAAUGCUAUGUGCUGCAGAAGAGGGGAGUAAUUGCAUGGAGUGAAGGAGUAAGGUCAAAGGGUCUAGAGAAAAGUUUAGCACAGUCUGCCAUAUGGCAGAGAUACAUGAACUAUAGGAUCAAUGGUUUUUGGAUUAACCAAUGGAAAAAUUCCUCCACUAAGAAACUGUGCUUCCUCCUUCUCCUCCUUGACAUUAGCACCUUGGGUUAUAGCUCACGAUGCUUCAUUCUAUUAUGGCUGCUUUAUAAUAAUAAAAUAAUAAAAACAACAACAACAAUAAUAUAUAUAUAAUUUACAUAGUGCUUUAAGGUUUGCUAAAUGUCAACCCAUUUGAUCCUAUGAGAUAGGUUCUAUUAUUGUUAUUCUCAUUUUACAGAUAAGAAAACAGAGGCUAAGAGAGCUUAAGUGACUUUCCCAAGGCCAUGCAACUAGUCUGAAGCAGGAUUCAAACACAGGCCUCUCUGACUCCAAAUACAAAACUCUAUACACCACACCAUCUAGAUGUCCCUUAAAUGAGUUUACUAAUACAUAAAACCAUACAAAUGCUUUCUCUUUUCCCUAUCCAUCCAAUAGAUACUCUAUAAUGAAGUGAUUAACUUGAGGGAAGGGAUAGGAGGUAGGCAGUAUAGGGGAAAAGUCAAGGAGUAGGAACUGAAAGCAGAUGUUAGCAUAGAAAGAGCUAGUGCCUCAAACUUUUCCACAGGUGCCAGGGAGAGCUGGACAGUGGUGACAAUGGGGGAAGGGUACUGCUGCAGCCUUGUCUGUACCAUCAGUGAGGACUCUGCUUUUCUCCCUUCAUCAAAAGCCAUCAGGCUGAGCCCCACAGCUUGUAUGUGUGAGUGAGUGUGUGUGUGUGUGUGUGUGUGUGUGUGUGUGUGUGUGAGAUCAGCAGUCAAAUUGAUUUUCCUAAAGCCCAAGUCUGACCAUAACAACUCCCUACUCGAUAAACUCCAGUGGUUCUCUGUCACCUCUAAGAUCAAAUCCUCUGUUGUUCAAAAGAUCUUCCUACCCUACCCCUCCCCACUCAACCUUCCCAGUCUUCUUGCACCUUAUAGUUCUUCCUGCCCAAGUAUUGUUUGACCCAGUGACACUGGCUUCCUUACUGUUCCUUAAGCUACAUCUCCCAACUCACCCAUUUUGCCAUUUUCACUGGUUAUCUGCUAUUUAGAGGAAUGCACUCCCUCUUCACCUCCACCCUCAUAGCUUCCCUGACUUCCUUCAAGCCCCAUCUAAACUCUUACCUUCCACAGGGAGUCUUUCCUGAUGCUCCUUAAUUCUAGUGCUUAAUAAAUGUUUAUUUCUGGAGAAGGAAACGGCAAACCACUCCAGUAUCUUUGCCAAGAAAACCCCAAAUGGAGUAAUGAAGAGUCAGACAAAACUGAACAACAAGAAGUGUUUAUUGACUAAUUAAGUGACUCACUGGAGGGGAAAGAGAGUGGCACUUCAAGAGGGCAUGGGAUUCUCCCAUAUCCCCUUGCUCUAAAGCCUCUGAACUGGUAUGUAUCUUCUCCAAGAUCAAGGCUUGCGAGCCCCAGGCUUCUGGAUCUAGACCAGGGGUUCUUAACCUUUUUUGGGCCAUGGACCCCCUUGGCAGUCUGAUGAAGUCUAUGGACUCCUCAGGAUAAUGGUUUUAAAUGCAUAAAAUAAAUUACAUAGGUGUAUAAAGGAAAUCAAUUAUACUGAAGUACAAUUAGAAUUUUGUAAUUACAAUUAUCAAAAUAUAUUUCUUAAAAGUUCAAGAAUCCAUGCAAUAGACAAACUGCUGUUGACUUAAAUGGUGAAUUAUUUAUGGAGUUCAAUCUGGAAAGAACAUUAAUUGUGCCUAGAGUAAAUUGACUUUAGCUUAA